AUGUAGCCCCAGUGUUAGGUAAGUAUCUGCACAACUCUUCAACUGUUGCGUCCUCGGUGCAAAGCUACUCUGGAUUGUCGCGCUUGUAGGCGCUUGUGCGCCAUGAGCACGCUCAUAUGCACCCUAUAGUCACAGGAAAUCAGGCAGCGAUACAUAGGGCGCAAAGAAAGUCAUGAGGGCCUCGAUCGUUUUGGGCAUCGUCCUUCUAUGCUCGUUUAGCGGCUUGUCGUGCGCCCUGAAGAAUGGGGUUGGCAAAACCCCUGCAAUGGGCUGGAACUCGUGGAACUACUUUCGGUGCAACAUAAACGAGACCAUCAUUCGGUCCGUUGCUGACGCCAUCGUGUCAUCGGGCCUGAUGGACGCGGGCUACGUAUACGUCAACAUAGAUGACUGCUGGAUGGAGAAGCGCGACAACGCCACGGGCCGCAUUGUACCGUUCGCGGACAAGUUCCCUUCCGGCAUGAAGGCUCUGGGUGACUACAUCCACAGCCUGGGCCUCAAGUUCGGCGUGUACUCGGACACGGGCAAGCACACGUGCGAGGGGUACCCGGGCAGCGCCGGUUACGAGGAGCAGGACGCGGCCACGUAUGCGGAGUGGGGCGUGGACUACCUCAAGUUUGACUACUGCGACAUGCAGGACACCAAGGAGAGCGUGCAGGCCACGUAUGAGCGCAUGCGCGACGCUCUGGCCGCCACCGGCCGCCCCAUCCUGUUCAGCCUGUGCUCGUGGGGCUCGGGGCAGCCCUGGCUGUGGGGCAAAGACGUGGGCAACUCCUGGCGCACCGGCAUCGACGUGUUCGCGGCCUGGGACGCGGCCCAGGCCAAGGCGCUCAAGCUGCCCAACUUCCUGCAGCCCAUCCUGGGCGCAGUGCGGCAGACGCAGGGUCUGGCUCCGUACGCGGGCCCGGGCGGCUUCAACGACCCCGACAUGCUGGUGGUGGGGCUGGACGGCAUGUACCCCUACGGCAUCGUGCAGGACUGCCCCGAGCACGUGCGCGGCUGCAAGCCCGGCAUGUACAUCAGCCGCGACCGCUGGGGCAAGGUGGGCGGGCUGACGCAGACGGAGCAGCGCACGCACUUCGCCUUCUGGUGCAUCAUGGCGGCGCCGCUCAUCCUGGGCAACGACCCGCGGGCCAUGAGCAAGGCCACGCUGGAGAUCCUGCUGGCGCGCGAGGUGCUAGCGGUGAACCAGGACCCGCUGGGUCUGCAGGGCCGGCCGGUGUGGACGCAGGAGCUGGACGGCGCCAGUGCGGGCAAGAGCCUGGAGAUCUGGACCAAGCCGCUGGCGGACGGGCGCACUGCCAUGCUGCUGGUCAACCUGGGCGAGGCCACUGUCGACAUCACCACUGUGUUCAGCCGCGACAUGCCUGAGGAGCACAAGCAGUGGGGGCGCGAGGUGCCCAACCGCGACCCCGUGUGCAUGGACAAGCACGCCUCCUGCAAGGAGUGGGCGGACGCGGGCGAGUGCAAGCGCAACGAGGGCUUCAUGCUGGACACCUGCCCCUACUCCUGCCCCGACGGCUGCCCGCACCCGCUGGACCCGCCCGGGCCCAAGGCCACAGCGCUGGUCCGUGACAUCUGGCUGGAGGAGGACGUGGGGCUGUUCACGGCGCGCUUCACGGCGGCCAAGGUGGAGCCGCACGAGGCGCGCUUCGUCACCCUCAAGUGGCUGGAGCCCGCUGAGGCCGACAAGCUGGCCGCAGCCGGCGCCCUGGACUUCGGGCCCCGCGCCUUCGCCAACUCGCUGCGUGCCGCCGCCAGCGCCCUCAAGCUGGGCGUGGCGCCGGCGCUGGAGGGGGACGAGGGGCAGGAGGGCGCGGCGAAGCAGGCGGGGGCGGGCAGUGGCAGGGGCAAGGGCAGCACGCAGCAGUUCGUGCGGGCCAAGGAGCUGGAGACGGAGGUGCAGCGGCUGCACAACGAGCUCAAGAAGCGGGACCGCGAGCUUGCCAAGCUCAAGAAGGAGGCGGACGAGGUGCUGUGCACCCGCGAGGGCGCUGCCGCCAGCGGAGGCGCGGCGGAGGAGCGCCGCUCCGCACUGGCGGCAGGCGGCAGGGGCGUGGUGGUGCAGGCGGGCUCGGGCGUGUGGCUGGCCGCCACAGAGAGCAAGAUCAGCUUGGCGCUGAACGUAGCCAUGGCGGUGAUACUGGUGCUGGUGGUGCUGCAGCCGCGGCGACGAAUGGGCAAGAGCAGCCGGGAAGUGCAGUAGAGAGUGGAGUUGAGUUGAGCAAGGAGUUGAGCAGGAGAUGUGAGGAUUGUGCGCAUGUUGUUUAAUAUUGCGGGUGUUACAAGAGAGGGCAACUUUCAAGGAGUACAGGACGAGAUUGGCCAGCCGUGGAGAAGAGACCCAAGGGGCCGGGGAACUGCUGGCGUAGAGACACGAGAGGGCUGGGAAAGUGCCACCGCCCUCGUGCAGUCGUGCGGCUGCCUUUGUUUGGGCGCAGCUCAUGCAGCUGUAUCGGCCAAAGCAGUCACACGACCGGCUAUAAAACAUAUAAUUCACCGGCGUGUAUCACUCUCUACAAA